CUCAGUCAGUCGGAGCAAGACAAGACACUGAAAUGGGCUCACUAGUGGAACACUCAGCACCGCUGGCUGGCAGUAUAAAAAUGGCAAAGUUCCAAGGAGUCUGCUUCAUACUCGAUUAUAUACCGCGUGGGCAAGAACCUCUCUCCCGUUGAAAUGUGAUUUUUUUUCUUCGUUUGGUUGUAUAGAAAGUGCUACACGGAUCACCAUGGACAGUGUCUCAGUCAACAGUUCACCCAAGUAUUCCGGAAUAUCUGGUGCAUGCGGACUAAGGUCAUUGGAAAGUGGAAUGUGAACGUAGAAUUCCAGUGUGUGUCUAUAUUGAAUUCAAUCGUGCACGGAGAGAGUAUCGAACAAGCCAUCUCACGUGGAUCUUUAAUCGCGUUCCGACAACGGUGUGUCAGCAAAGUGAGCAAACAGGAUCAUGAAACUGACAUACGUUGUCGUUUUUCUUCUAAUAUUGCUGACUUUCAAAAGUGUCGGAGCGAGAGCCGUGCGAAAAUCAUGCGGCAAGUACUUAGCAGAUCGAAUCUCGGAUCUAUGCAAGGCACGCGGUGGAUAUUCCCAACUGACAUCAGCUGAUAGCGAGCAACGGUCCCAUCGCCGCAUCAAGCGAGGAAUAGUCGAAGAAUGUUGCCACCAGCAGUGUUGCGAAUACUCACUAAGCUGUACCGAUACCAUACUAAUGCAAUACUGCAUGGAGCAAGUAGAACAACCUGAAGAGGUUGUAAUGUCCAACGAAGAAAGCAAAUCCACUACUCCACCAACAACCGCAAGAACCGUCGAACAACUCCCAUUUACGACGAGAUUUCCAUUCAAUGCUAUGCCGAUGGAGUUUGGAACUGUGAGACCGGAAUUCAACCGAAUUAAUGCCAAAUACAUGGGUAGCAGACGAAAACAGUACUACCGUUUUAACUAGAUGUGUAAAAAAAACUGAGCGAUUGUGAUAUACAAAACAUGGAGAACGCUCCAAAUGAACUGAACCACUAAAAAGGGAGAAAUCCUUAGGCUGUGAUUGAAUUAAGACAACGUUAAGCAAUUUCUAGUCAACCAUCAUGAACAUGGAAAAUUA